CAAAACAACCGUGAGUGUCUAACUCACUGUUCCUGAAAAACUUAAAAAUAAUAUAAAAAAUAUAAAAUCUACAAAAUCUUCAUAAAAACAAGUACCUUAAUACUUAAAGAAAGAACAAACGUUUAAAAAAAUCGCAAAAAAAAUUUAAGAAUAAAAAAACAUAAACAAGAGGCCUCGGGCUUAACCCGAAGUUGGCAUCUUUUUAAAGGAAGACAUCGAUUUGUGUCGUGAUUUCUCCAGGUUUGACAUUUCCUCUGCACGCUGGACCGGACAGCCAGCUGUCAGUGUCUGUAUCAGGCGAGAAUUGAAGCGCAGCUUGGCCCCGGGAUACACUUCAUACCGGCAUUUUUUGUUUUAUUUUUAUUUUUCUGACGUUUUUUGAAGCAAGCUUUGCAUUCACUUAUUUCGUGAAGUCCGCCGAGAUAUGAACACAGCGACGGGGAGUUAUCCGAUGGCUUCUCUCUACGUUGGCGACCUGCACCCCGACAUCACGGAGGCUAUGCUGUAUGAGAAAUUCAGCCCAGCCGGACCGGUGCUCUCCAUUCGGGUAUGCAGAGACAUGAUCACCCGGCGAUCUUUGGGAUACGCUUAUGUGAACUUCUCGCAGCCUGCAGACGCUGAGAGAGCCCUGGACACGAUGAACUUUGACGUGGUCAAAGGGAAGCCAAUCAGAAUCAUGUGGUCCCAGAGAGACCCCUCCCUCAGGAAGUCUGGAGUGGGCAACGUGUUCAUCAAGAACCUUGACAAGUCCAUUGACAACAAAGCCCUGUACGACACCUUCUCUGCCUUUGGCAACAUCCUCUCCUGCAAGGUGGUGUGUGAUGAAAAUGGCUCCAAGGGCUAUGCUUUUGUCCACUUCGAGACCCAGGAUGCCGCUGAUCGCGCUAUUGAGAAGAUGAACGGCAUGCUUCUGAAUGACCGCAAGGUGUUUGUGGGUCGUUUCAAAUCUCGGAAGGAACGGGAGGCUGAACUUGGUGCCAAAGCCAAAGAGUUUACCAAUGUCUACAUCAAGAACUUUGGGGAUGAUAUGGAUGAUGAGCGCCUGAAGGAGCUUUUCGACAAAUAUGGUAAAACACUCAGCGUGAAGGUGAUGACAGACCCCACCGGCAAAUCCAGAGGCUUUGGAUUUGUUAGUUAUGAGAAACAUGAGGAUGCUAACAAGGCUGUAGAGGACAUGAACGGCACCGAACUCAACGGCAAGACCGUGUUUGUGGGUCGGGCUCAGAAGAAGAUGGAGCGACAGGCGGAGCUGAAGAGGAAGUUUGAGCUGCUGAAACAAGAGAGAAUCAGUCGUUAUCAGGGUGUUAAUCUCUACAUUAAGAACCUGGAUGACACCAUAGACGAUGAGAAACUGCGUAAGGAGUUCUCUCCAUUUGGGUCUAUUACAAGUGCUAAGGUAAUGCUGGAGGAGGGUCGCUCCAAGGGCUUUGGCUUUGUCUGCUUCUCCUCCCCCGAAGAGGCCACCAAGGCUGUGACUGAGAUGAACGGCCGUAUCGUUGGCUCCAAACCCCUCUACGUGGCUCUCGCUCAGCGCAAGGAGGAACGCAAAGCCCACCUCACCAACCAGUACAUGCAGCGUAUUGCUGGCAUGAGGGCCAUGCCUGCUAACGCCAUCAUUAAUCAGUUCCAGCCCACCAGUGGCUACUUCAUGCCAGCUGUACCACAGGCCCAGAAUAGGACUACAUACUAUGCACCCAAUCAGCUGGCCCAAAUGCGACCCAACCCCCGAUGGCAGCAACAAGGUGGCAGAGGUCAAGGUGGUUUCCAGGGGAUACCCAGCUCGCUGCGUCAGCCAGGACCCCGUGCCAACCUGAGACACAUGACUCCUAACAGCGGCGCACAGGGCCCACGGGCUUCUGGCCAGGCCAUGGCACCUCGUCCCUCAAUGGGAGUCCCCGGGCCCCGUGCCAUGCCUCCAUACAAAUAUGCCACUGGUGUCCGUAACCCCAACCCCCAGGUGGUGCAACCUAUUGCCUUACAGCAGGCUCAGCCAGCUGUGCACGUUCAGGGCCAGGAGCCUCUCACAGCCUCCAUGCUGGCUGCCGCGCCCCCUCAGGAGCAGAAACAGAUGCUAGGUGAGCGUCUUUUCCCACUGAUUCAGUCCAUGCAUGCCAACCUGGCAGGAAAGAUCACUGGCAUGCUGCUGGAGAUCGACAACUCUGAACUUCUACAUAUGCUGGAGUCUCACGAAUCUCUGCGUUCAAAGGUGGAAGAAGCCGUCGCUGUGCUACAAGCCCAUCAGGCAAAGAAAGAUGCCACUCAGAAAGUGGGCAGCAUGGCCACUACUGCUGCUGCUGCCACAUCCUGAAGACCGCGCGCUGUGUUAAAGUGGGCACAGAAAACUGAGCAGAGAUGGGGAGAGACUCGCUACACCGACUCCAAACACCAGACUCCUCUCAACAAUUAUGCAAAAAUUAAGAAAAGGAAAAGAAAAUGUAAUUUUACCGACGUACUUGAACAUUUUGAAAAAUGUUACAGUUCAUAAUUUUCUAGAGCUGUAAUACUUUUAAAGUGCAUACCAAAAGCAAUAAUGCAAAUAAAUCUUGAAUGGAGGCCCUUAACUUUGUGGCAAAGGAGAGAAAACCUUUUUUCUAAAAGGAAAAUGAGCCUUGUUCUUCUUCUUUUUUUUGCUUGGAAGUUUUAUGUUUGAUUUGAAAUGAUGGACUCCUCCAUCCUAUCAUGUUAUCAUGGGUGUGUGGUAUUCUCAAUAAAGGGAUGAUA